AUGAGUGAUUUUGAUCUGGAAGAACCUCUAACAUCUACUGCACGCCCAUGUAAAAAUGUUAGAAAUCAGAUAUUUCAUCAUGUGGACCUCGAAAACACUACGCCGAAGCAGUUUUACGAUAUGAUUAUGCAUGAAAUCAAUUCACAAGGAAGUUUACGUCCAUUCCGGAAUGUUCAUUACGAUACAAUAAAGAUAUAUACUCAUGCUCAUGGGCACAAAACCAUGAAUUUAGUGAUUAAUAUGGAUCAUGAUGACGAUGAUUGGGUUCUAGAGAUAAACAAUAACCAAAAGAAGUUGUCUGAAUACCCAAUAGAAAAUGAAACAGAAUUGAGCAUAUACAACAAGCAGGAUUAUCUUGCUUACAAGAAGAAACCCGUGGAAAAAUGGUGA